AUGGGCAGUCCUGAUGAGCUGGUGGUUUUCAGGGUCAUUGUGCAAGAGCUGCGAGAGGCUCCUUCCCAGCAGGGCCCCGUUGUGCCGGGUGUGGGGGCACUCGUGCCGCCCUGGAAGCGGGAGGUACUUAUCGAUGAGCAAAAUCUCUUCUUGCACAACUGCUUGGUGAACAAACAUGGUGACACGGCGUCUGAUCGGCUUGCGCUGCAGUUCUUGCAGGGAGUCACAUUUUCUUCGUUACAGGGAUCCAUUAAAAGAAAACUGGAAGAUGAUAGCUCUCCUGCCUCCAGUGGCGUGCCUGAUGUCAUUUUCCCAAACGACAGUAAAAGACUUUGUCUUGAUGACGUAAACCUUGCCAUGGGCCAAGGUGCCAAUCCCAACGUGGCGUGUCCAGAAAUGCAAAGUUCUCCAUUCUCCACCACUCACAGUGCUUCUUCCCUGGGAGUCGCAGGUCAUUCUGUGCUCCUGGAAAACAAUCACAUGAAUGGCGGUGGCAUUGCUUCCCCGUUUUCAGUGCCACCCAACACGGAAAUAAAUCAGAAAGGGUCAAUAGGAGGGCAAAACAAUAACAUCGUCCACUAUGAUGAGAAAGGAAACAGCUUACAGUCAGUGGACCAAGAGCUGCAAGAUCUAUUGGAAGAGCUGACGAAAAUGCCUGAUCCUUCUCCCAAUGACCUGGAUCUGGAGAAGAUUUUGUGCAGCAAGGCUGAAGAGCCGGUUGGGCUGAAUCAUUCUCAACCAAGCAUAAGUACCACUCCAAAGUCCUCCCCACAGACUUCCCACUUGGAGAACCAUAUUGCUAACAAAGACUUUUCUCCGGGCUGCAAUCCAACCAGUGGAGGAUCUCCUCAGAUGAGACCAUCAUCCGCUGGAACUAACUUCCAAGUUCCUCCCUCAAACAAACCUGCUGCAUCGCCCAUCUCUGCAGCAGCUCAGAGCAAGAACCAGCCACCGAUGCUUCCGGUACCCUUACCCAACAUACCUGGCUCCAACUGGCACGCUCAGCAGCUAAAGCAGCUGGCAGCUAGCAAGCAGGUGUCUACUACUAAGCAACAAGUACAGGCUCCCAGCUGGCCGACUAUGUCUCCUCCUGGUCUCUCUCCACCUUACAGGGCAGGAUCAUCCCCACACCAUCAACCUUUCAGUCCUCAAAAUGUUAUGGUGUCUGGCAUGCCUGCUAAUAAUUUACCAGGAAACAACAUUCAGAGUCCUCAAAACUCCCUGCUUUCAAGCAUGACUUCCAGCAGUACGCCAUCCAACGGCCCCUCUCCUCCUUAUGGGUCUGAGAAGCUCUCCAGUCCAGCUCUGAACCAGCAGCCCUUCAGCCCACAGAGCUCUAUGCUGCCCACCCUGACAGCAGCCAGCUUACCAGCCAACAACAUUAAAAGUCCACAGAACAACUUGGUUGCCAGCAUGGCCUCCACAAAUACUGGACCUUCUCCACCGUACAGGCCAGAAAAGCUGUCAAGCCCAGCUCUGCAUCAGCAGCCCUUCAGUCCUCAAGAGUCAGCUACUCAAAAGAUGUCACCUCUGACAGCAGGACAAGGGCAGCAGUCUCUCAUUCACUAUCUCCAGCAGCAGCAGCAGCAGUCUCCGGCCACGCAGCAGUCCCAGCAGGCUAACAACAGCCAGUUUCUCCAGCAGCAGUUCCGACAGCUGAUGCAGCCACAUCGGAUGCAGAGACACAUGCAGCCUGCCACAUUGCCAUCUCAAAGCAGACAG